GUCAUUUGUGUUUAAUUUGUUAUUAAUAAUUGUAAAUAAUUUUCCAAACACUACAGAUAUGCGAUGGACCUAAAUAUGAUUCCUAGUUGUCUCUUUAAAAAAAAAAAAUGUUUAUACGGAUAUGUUUUGUUGACUGGCUUUUUAAUAUUUGACCCAUUUGUCUGUCAGAAAACAGUGAAACUCUUAUACUUAGUGGUAAGUGGUAAGUGGUAAGCUCUUUUUAAGCGGACUCUAGCUGUAAAAUAAACCGUGUCGUUCAUGUAGCCGACAGUCCUCGUUAACUCACUCAGUGUUUUUGGGAUUUCCUCUGUUUGAUUGUUUUUUAUUUAUUUAUUUUAAAUUUUGUAAAGUAAUUUUUACAAAACAUGGUUUGUUUCAGGACCGCAUGCUUUACCUCGGCAAAUAGUGAAGUGAAAAAAAAUGCAUUAGCUUGAUUUAUGAUGUGGAAAUAAAUGAGUCAUGGUUCAGUAUCCGCAGUUUGGUUCUCUUGGUUCCAGGUCGUAUCUUGCGUCACAUUUUUUUUUUAAAAAGCGUGCAUAUUCGACGGUGAACUACGCGGAGCUUCACGAAGCGCUCGGCUCAUUCAUUAUUGACGGCGUGGCGUCCUGUAGCAGCUUUGUAAAUGCUUCGAGCUCAGGUUUCUGGUUUCCAUGUGCUACCUGACUGCCCCGGAUCCACCACGGAACCGACUCUACAAAAGGGACUGCAAGGUGGAACUGGACGUGUAGCUGCUCUCGUGGACUCGAACUGUCAGUAAUGACUUCCCAUGCUGCAGGACGGAUUCAAAUCGAUCGAGUGAAGCUGCUAACAUCCUAUCAGCAGGAGUGAUGAUGAUGAGCGGCCAUGCUGAGGAAGAGGAAGUGACACGUCUGCUCGGAGAAAAGAGCCGAGGGGAGAAGCGUGUCUCGUUUCCUCCGGAUGAGGAGAUGGUCUCGGGAUUUGCAGAGAGCAAGGACACACGGCAGGAUGGCGACAGUCGAACCUUGACAGAUAUCAUUUUGGCCUACGAGCAGAGCUGCAUGAAGCUCAAAGUCGCACCCCAUCCCAAGACUCUGGACCAAAUAAAGGAAAUCACCUGCUUGAGUAACAGAGCCAGAUGCCUUGAUCUCCAGGGCGUUCGUUUGGAUUAUCGCUCGUGCGAGUCGCUGGAGGAGAUUCUGAAGUCUGUCCGGUUUAAUCUGAUCAACCUGCGGGGGGCGGAGCUCGAGGAAAAUGGAGCCUCGGCACUACUGGAUAUGAUUUCUUACUACGAAUCAGCCACGCAUCUGGACGUGUCCUCGAAUACGACUAUGGGAGCCUCAGGAUGGCAGGCCCUCUCACGUUUACUCAUACAGAGCGGAUGCUUGUGGAGAUUGGACGCCUGUAACAUCCCCAUAGAGGAUUAUCCUGCACAGGCCCUGUCGAGAGCCCUCCUUAGCAGCAGACUGACAGUACUGCACCUUGAAAACGCCGGACUGAGCGGGAAGCCGCUCUUCACACUCGUUUGCUCUCUAAAGAAGAACAUCGCUCUGCAGGAACUCUACCUGUGUGACAACGAGCUCAGCAGCUUCCACGACUCCAUGCAGUUAGGAGAGCUUCUCAAAUACAACCGCACUCUCCGAACCCUCGACCUCAGCAAUAACGCCAUAUCUGACUCGGGUCUUGAGGAGCUCUGUGAUGGUCUGAGAGUUCAGAAGGCUGGUUUAAGAACAUUAGUGCUGCAUAACAACCAGAUUACUCACCGCGGCAUGACUCAUCUAGGAAGUGUUCUGCCUUUGUUGAGAACACUGGAAACGUUGGACCUUAGCGCCAAUGACCUAAAGGACAGAGGGAUGCACACGCUGAAGGAGGCUCUCAUCAGUAAUCGCUCUGUGACACGACUCAGCCUGGCUGCAGUGGGAAUAACAAGUGAGGGUGCCGUGGUGUUGGCUGAGUUCCUGGCUGAGUCUCGGUUCCUCCAAACUCUGGAUGUGAGGAAGAACCUCGUGCUCACCGGAGGCCUGAUGGCUUUCGCUCUGGCCCUGAAGCUCAACCGCACUCUCGUUCAUUUAGACCUGGACCGAAACCCCAGAGAGGAGAAGGACGAGUUUCUGAUCGAAACCCAGAAGACGCUGCUGAGCAGGAUCUCUGAUCUGUGUGUGGCGAACGUCGCGGCGGCCUCGGAGACGGACCAGCGCUCCGCUGCUCUUUUAACGCACGACGGCGACGACGACGACGACGACGAUAACGCCGGCGAAGCCUCGUCUCCCCGAGUCCCCACACAAGCGUAUGAGAAUAAUAACCCUCGAUUCCAUCACGAAUAAUGAUAAUAAACUCCAAAUCCACGCAAUAACCAUGACGCCUCUUUCCCUAAUGAAGCCAUGGCCUCCCUCCCUGCUGUUUUCCAGCCUAAUCUUCCUUCCGAGGGUUGUUUUGUUUUCUCUCUCUCUCUCUCUCUCUCUCUCUCUCUCUCUCUCCCGAAUGCGAAUCGCCUCGAAACAAACCAAACACGAACCUUUUCCUUUCUCUGGCGCUCUUUCAGUCGGGAUCACUCGGUACGCCGUCGAUCCUGUUUGCCAGUCUUCCAACUUCGCUAAUACUCGCUCGCUCAAAGAGGAACACCAAAGCGUGUGCGUUACCGCAGUAGAACGCCGCGUAGUUCACACACAAAAAAAAAAAAAACACCACGUUUCUUUUCACUCGCUCGAGGAGAGAAACCGCGGCGCGUGGGAAGACGAACAUAUGCGGGGAUGACGAGGCCGGGAUGUUUAUUUAGUUGUUUUUUUUUUUCCCGUCUGCACGUUCGUUCGUUCGUCUUCGACUGCGCUUAGCGUGUUUAGCGGGUUACGCUGAACGCCGCGUUUAAUAAGAGCGACACGAGCGACGGUGAGACCUGGAGCUGCGUACGACCGAUAAUAAACGCAGGGGUUUUUUUUUCGGAAAGCACAUCGCAUUCCCUGGAUCCCCGAUCUUCCAUAAACUCACUUAUUAAACCGGAUCCGUGUUUCCGGCACGGAAGCGUAUGCAGUCGUAUAUAAAAACUGCUACGUCGAUCGUAUUUAAGGUGCGAGCCUUUAACACGAAGAGUGGAGUUUAACGUAAUUAGCGUUUAUUAUUUCCGUGGAUUUUUUUUUGAAAAAAUUCAUUUAUUUGUAAUUCAUUCUGGGUGUGUGAACGUGUAUGCGAUGGAUUGGCACCACGUCCGGGGUGUACCCCGCCUUGUGCCCCAUGCUCCCUGGGAUGGGCUCCAGGUCCCCCUCGAUCCUGUAGGAUAAGCGCUAUAGAAGACGGACGGCUGGACGGACGGACGGAUAAUUCAUUCUCGUAACAUUACUGCGACUAAAUAAUGUUUCGUUAUGUUUUGUUGAUUAUCAGGAACGAUUCGGAAUUUUCUGCCGAGACGUUUCAUAAUGGAUAAUCUUUAAUUGUUUGAGGAAGAAAGAAGGAGGAAAAAAAAAAAUCAAACCCGAGGCAGAACUCUAAUGUUUAAUGUCUAAUCAACAUUGCAAUGCAAUGCAAUCCAUGCAAUGCAAAUUUAGAGGGGGGGGGAAUAGUACCGUUUUCAGGUUCAAACGCUCGUCUCGGAAAAUCCCAGAUUACCCAGAUGUGUUUUGAUUGACAGGUGUGUGCGUGUGAGUACAGAGACACACGCCCCCCCCAACAAAAAAUAAAAAACACACUUUCUGAUGUGAUUUGGGUUUCGAGCAGGAUUGCCCCGCCUACACACCCACCCAAACCCCCUGGUUUGUGCCCCUCGGCACGGGGCAGGGGCAGAUUGACAGAGCAGCAUGGUGCCAGGUCCCGCUGAGCCAACGUCUCCCACCACACACACACACACACACACACACACACAUACACACACAAGAUCUACCUGAUGUUUUCAACAAA